CUGCGCCUGGGGCUUAUGCUAAAGGUGAAUGCGGAUUACGAGCAAUCGCUAAAGCACCUGCAGCUGGCCCUCAACGACUCGUCGCCGUGCACCCUCGCCAAACCGGACAUUCGCUUCCAUAUUGCCCAUCUGUAUGAGGUGCAGAACAAGUACAAGCCAGCGAAGGAGGCAUACGAGCGGCUAUUGGCCAACAAGCAGCUGACGGCUUCACUGAAGGCCGACAUCUACCGGCAGCUGGGAUGGAUGUACCACACCGUUGACGUUCUCGGCGACAAAGUGCAGCGGGAACGGCUCGCGAUCCACUGCCUGCAGAAGUCGAUCGAGGCGGAACCGCGCUCGGGCCAAACCCUGUACCUGCUCGGCCGCUGCUUCGCCGGCAUCAACAAGGUGCACGACGCUUUCAUUGCCUACCGCAACUCGGUCGAGAAGAGCGAGGGCAACGCGGACACCUGGUGCUCCAUCGGAGUACUCUACCAGCAACAGAACCAGCCUAUGGACGCACUGCAGGCCUACAUAUGUGCCGUGCAGUUAGAUAAGUCACACUCGGCCGCCUGGACCAAUCUGGGCAUACUCUACGAAAGCUGCAACCAGCCGCGCGACGCGUACGCCUGCUUUCGCAACGCGACCAUCAAUCAGGACCAGCAGCAGGAUCGCACCGUGACCGCGUGCGAAAAGGUUACGACCGUGUCCGGCACGAAAACUGGUUCCGGCCAGGGAACGGCAGCAACCACCGGAGGUGGCGGUAGUUCUUCAACGGCUGGAGCAACGCCUGCAGGCGCCACAGGCCAGCAAACACCGGCUUCAGGAGCGACGACACCUUCGGGCUCCACGAUAUCGUCCACCACAAACCACUCAUCGGUUGCCGGGGCAACAUCAUCGGAAAGCAAUAGCGGCGCGGCCAGCAGAACGCAAAGCCUCGGACAGCGGAUCAAAUUUCUCCAGCAGCAUCUGGGUAACGCACCUAUGCCGAGCAUAACGUCCAAGCGGCGGCAGCUACCUUCAAUCGAGGAGGCCUGGAAUCUGCCCAUUUCCAAUGAGAUGAGCUCGCGACAGCAGCAGACGGCCCAGGCCCAGCAACGGCAGUUCCAAAAAGGCUACGGACAGACCGGUCAGUACCACACCGGACAGCAACAGCAGCAGCAGCAAGUAGGCAGCAACAAUGGCCUCCCGAACAAGCGGUUCAAGCCGGAGGAGGGUGGUGGGGGAGUGCCAAUGCAGGGCGCUGGACGACCUGCGGGGACCGCUGGUGGCCCGCAAGUCGUCCCCUCGUUCUAUCUCACCCAACAGCAACUGCAGAUGCUGCAGUUGCUGCAGAACCAGAGCAACCUUUCCGCCCAGCAGCAGUCGAUGCUGCAAACGCUGAUGCACCAGUACCGGAUGAUGCAGCAACAUCAGCAGCAGUUGCGCCUUCAGCAACAACGAAACCAGCACCAGCAGCAGCAGCAGCAACAGCAAGUGGCGUUCCAGAGCCAAGGGCAGGGAAUUGGGCCAAACACCUCUCAGCAGCAGCAGCAGCAGCAGCAGUUGGUGGCCGCAGGAAACAAGACGCCCCAGUCCGGCAUAGUUCCCCAGACGGCGACCGGGUUCGUGAACGAUGGCCACUUUUCACCCGCCACCGGUCAGUCGCAGCAAGCUGCCGGGAUGCCGUACAAGUCGGCGGGCGGCACUUACGCGCCGUCCGGCUAUCCGCCGGGCUCCGCGGCAGGUUUCACGCAAAUUUCUUCGCCCACCGCGAACCACCACCAACAACAACAGCCACAGCAGAACAACAACCAAGCGGAUAUAGAUCAAGAAUUGCAAGCGCUUCUUGCAUCGAAGGACGAUAAGGCCACGUUUGCGGAAACACUGUUGAAGCAGUUUAGCUCGGAAUCGUUGGACAUUAAGGAUCCGAAGCUUUUGGAACAGCAACCACCGCCUGGCAGUGUCAGUUCUUCGACCACCACCAUCGACUCGACCACCACCACCUGCAGCAUCACCAGCAACACCAAAUCAUCACCAAUAAAAGCGGAAGCGACGUCUACAACGGCUGCCACUUCCAAGCGGCAGCAGCAACUGGCGAAACACGACAUCAAGCUCGAGCCAGUGAUUAAGAUGGAGAUGCUGUGUACCGAUUCCCUGCAGGCCAGCGGGGAUUACACGAUAGCGAUGAGCGCGAAAGACAUCCGCGAAAUGGUGCGAAAGCGUGGCAACAGCAGCAACGCUAGUGGUGGCGACAUCAAAGAUGUACCCGCCCUCUGCUCGGUACUGGCUGCGGAAGCACCGCCACCCUGCCCACCCGACUGUCCACCGACACGGUUGACCCGAGAACAGCUUCAGCCGCCCACGCCAUCCGUUUUUCUCGAGAACAAAAAGGACGCCUUCAGUCCGCAGCUGCAGGAGUUUUGUUUGAAGCACCCGAUCGCCGUGGUUCGGCAGCUCGGCGCUGCCCUGAAGCUGGAUCUCGGGCUGUUUUCGACCAAGACGCUGGUGGAAGCGAACCCGGACCACAGCGUUGAGGUGCGCACACAGGUGCACCAGUCGCCGGACGAAAACUGGGACGGAAACAAGAACUCGAAGGUUUGGGCGUGUAUCUCGCAUCGAUCGCACACAACGAUCGCGAAGUACGCACAGUACCAGGCAUCGAGUUUUUCCGACAAAAUUAAGGAGGAGCGCGACAAACUGGCCGGCAUCUCGGCCGCAUCCACCAACUCCGAUUCCGAUUCGAAAGAUUCGAUCUCCAACAGCAGCGGAGCGGGUGGUGGUGGUGGCGGGGCGGGCGGAAGUGGGAAUGGCAAGCGAAAAAAGUGCAAAAAUGGCAACAAAAUGCUACGCUUCGGCACCAACGUCGACCUGUCGGAUGAGCGCAAGUGGAAGGCGCAGCUGCAGGAGCUCCAAAAGUUGCCACCGUUUGCCCGCGUCGUUUCGGCCGCAAACAUGCUGUCACACGUCGGCCACAUGAUACUCGGCAUGAACACGGUGCAGCUGUACAUGAAGGUGCCGGGAAGCCGAACGCCGGGCCACCAGGAGAACAAUAAUUUCUGCUCGAUCAACAUCAACAUCGGGCCGGGUGACUGCGAGUGGUUUGCGACGCCCGACUCGUACUGGGGCGGCAUUCAGGCGUUGUGCGAAAAGAACAACAUCAACUACCUGCACGGUUCGUGGUGGCCCGCACUUGAGGAUCUGUACGCGGAGAACAUCCCCGUCUAUCGAUUCACGCAGCGUCCCGGCGAUCUGGUGUGGGUUAAUGCUGGCUGUGUCCAUUGGGUGCAAGCCAUCGGUUGGUGUAACAACAUUGCGUGGAACGUGGGACCACUGACGGGCCGACAGUUCCAGCUAGCGGUCGAACGGUACGAGUGGAACAAACUGGAAAGCUACAAGAGCAUUGUGCCGAUGGUGCACCUCAGCUGGAACCUGGCUCGCAACAUCAAGGUUUCCGAUCCGAAACUGUUCGAAGCGAUCAAAACCUGUCUGAUGCAGACGAUGAAGCAUUGCAUGCAAAUCUUGGAAUACGUAAAAUCACUUAAUGUCGAGGUGCGGUUUCAUGGACGCGGCAAGAACGAAGCGUCGCACUACUGCGGACAGUGUGAGGUGGAAGUGUUCAAUAUCCUUUUCAUCCGCGAGCAGGAGAAACGGCACAUCGUGCAUUGCAUGGGCUGUGCCCGGAAACAGUCACCAACGCUUCAAGGUUUCGUCUGCCUCGAGGAGUACAAGCUGGCUGAGUUGAUGCAGGUGUAUGAUGCGUUUGUGCUUCACACAACGCCACCACCAUCACAGUCUCAGCAACAGUCCCCGCAGCAGCAAACGGUGGCCGGCUGUGCGUCCUCGUCGCAAUCUUCUCCGACUUUGGGGGCGCCAGUGACGGGCAGUAGUUCUGUUAGUUCAUCAAGCACGAUCAGCGCGGGGGUCACGGCCACGACGUGUGCCGGUGGUUCCAUGAUCGGUGCAGGAUCCGGUGCUUCGUCUGGCUCGGUUCCGGUUGUUCCGUCGGUUGCAUCGUAGAGCGCCAGCGUUGCCACUAACUGGCCUUAGCACUUCGCAUAGCUUGUGUCGUCGUCCCACCAUGCGAUCCUCAUCGUUCCUGCACCAAACUGGUCACAGAAGGUCCGUACCAAAAAGAGAGAGAGGUUUGACGGCAACAAUGACUCCUCCAACAUCACCACCGACGACGGUCGCCCAGCGGCACAAUAACGACUUCGACCAUUUGUUUGCUCUGAGUCACAAUGUGUGUCGUAUUUGGCGGUAGAACCGGUGGUGAUGUGUUCUCGUUGUUGCCGGGUAACUUUAGUUUUAAUUUAGUUCAAUUAUUACACACACCAACAAGCGACAGAAACUAGGAACACGGGAUGGGGUGUCACUUUCGCAAAAUACAUCCCGCCGGCAAAAUAUAUAGAAAGAAGAGAA